AUGCUUCGAGAAGGGCUGCAGGUCCACACGGCGGCACCAGAGACCCUCCCAAGUGACCACCGGGCUGAGGCCUCACAGCAGCCCAGUGUCCCUCUGGCUCCCCAGGUCGGUCCCCGUCCACCCGCUCGGCCUCGGCCCCGGGCGCUCGGGAGGGCGGGGCCAGCCCGCCCAGAGCACCGCGCCCGAGCUUGGGGCGAGCGAACAGGGGAGCCGCCGUGCUGGGGGGCGGCGGGGCUCCGGCUGCUGCUGUGCGGGAGGGGCGGCCCCGGGCGCGGCGAGCGCGCGGGAGGGUCCCGCGGAGGCCGGAGCGAGGGGACGCCAGGCAGCCGGCGGGGAAAGGGCUGCGGGGAGGCCAGGCCCGGCUCCCGGGAGGGUGGGCUGGGGGCGGCGUCCCGGCCCUCGCCGCGGCCACCCCGACUGGCUGUACCCGCGGCCCCGGCCGCCCUUCGGCGACGACGCGGGCACGCGGGCAGCCCCGCCACUGCCGGCCGCCCGGAGCCUUUGCACACGGCGCGGCGCGCCGCCGGCGUCACGUGCCCGCCCUCGCCCAAUGGCAGGGACUGUGGGAGGAGCGCGGUUCGGCAAGUCCGCCUCCAGCCUGCAAGGCGCCCGGCGGACGGAUCUCAAGAGGGCCCCGCCCCUGCCCAGUCUGCCGCCAAGCCCUCUGCGGCCACCUCUUCUGCCAGUUCUGAGAAGUUCCAGGGGGAAUGGUUUGUGGUCGGCCUAGCGGGCAGCACCCACAGGAAGAUGGACAGAUUCCUGCUGAACCCAUUCACUGCAGUGUUCGAGCAAAAUAAGAACAGCCGCCUUGAAGUGUCGUAUGCCAUGAUCCGGGGCCGCCGCUGUGUCUCCUGGUCCUACGUGCUGAUUCCGGCAGCAAAGCCCGGGGGGUUCUCGGUGGACAGCAGGGAGGAGCCCGAGGAGGUCCAGGUGUACGACACUGACUACAGCGUGUUCGCUCUGAUGCUGUUCAGAAGACAGUCCGGCGGCCAGAGCGUCCUCAGGGUCACCCUGCUAUGCGCUGGGCCUGUCGGACGACAACGUCGUCUUCCCGGACCUGACAGAGUGGUCACCCCAGCCGGGAACCUGCUGAAGGUGGACGCGGCUCCCCCACGGCAAUGCCUCUCCCUGCUCGCAGCGAGGAAUAAAGGCUCUGUGUCGGGGUCCAGCCGUGUGAGCCACCGUGACCUUGGGGGGGAAGUGCGAGUAGGGGCGGGCCCUCCGAGCGCACUCAUGCCCACCCCUGCCCACCAGGCCCGUCCGCAGCCUCCAGUCUCCUCGGGAGUGUGUCACUGCGGGUCACUGCGGGUCCCCUCCGUCCUGCCCGCGUGGCCCCCAGAGACACGAGUUCAUAGACCUCCCCACCUCCCCAGUCCCCAGAGCCUCCCCAGUCCCCAGGAACUGCCAUGAGGGGUGCAGCGGGGGGGCCCGGAAGAGGAGCAGCGUAGACACAGCUGCCCCGGCCUGGAGGGCGGGGGAGGGCUGGGCAGAGAGGUUUGGCUUCCUGU